GCGGUCUGAGUCAGAGGGAGCCUACAACAGGCUUCUUUGAAUUGAUGGCUCACUCCUGGCCCUUUUGACUGACUGCCAACCGAGCAGGGCGUAGCUUACCAACAUUUUUUUUUUUUUUUAAAGCCAGACUGAUUCAUAGAAACUCCUUUAAAACACAGUGCAAAGAAUCCGCCCAUCCCACACCCCGGCACACCAGCUCAGGAAACUUAUAACCUCGGGAGGCAGGUCCCUCCCUCACUGCGGUCACAUACCUCCACCAGAGCGGACAGCAGCCGCCAGCUCCUGCCACUCGGUCUCCGGGCCCCUCAGAACUCUCCUUGCUCCAAGUCAUCGAAAAACCAAGAUGUUGGUCUUACUGGCUUCAAUCUUUGUGGUCCACAUCGCCACGGCCAUCAUGCUGUUUGUCUCCACCAUUGCCAACGUCUGGGUGGUUUCUGAUUUUGAAAAAGCAUCAGCAGGCCUUUGGAAAAUCUGUACGGGUAGCAGCUGCAAUGCAACUCUGCCAUAUAGCAAUCAAGAUGCCCUCAAAGCAGUGCAGGCCUUCAUGAUCCUCGCCAUCAUCUUCUGUGUCAUCUCCCUUGUGAUCUUCGUGUUCCAGCUCUUCACCCUGGAGAAAGGAAACCGCUUCUUCUUCUCGGGAGCCACCAUGCUGGUGUGCUGGCUGUGCAUUCUGGUCGGCGUGUCCAUCUACACUCAUCAUUAUGCCAAUGGUAAAAGUACGUUCACGAAAAGUCACCAUGGAUACUGCUUCAUCCUGACCUGGAUCUGCUUCUGCUUCAGCCUCAUUGUCGGCAUCGUCCACCUGGUCCUGAGAAAGAAAUGAGGCCAAAUACAUUUAUGGGCAUCUGGGGGGUGGGGAUGAGGAAGCAGUUGAAUGUGGGAGGGAAAUGGAAGUUUCUAUGCAAGAAAAUCCAGGAUAGGGAAGGGGGACAGGGGAGGGGAAUCCAGGGUGGGAGAGGUUGAAACCCAAACUGUUACAGAAAAGUUCUCUACUCUUGAGCCAAGCCUUGGGAGAAAGUAGCUGGCUAGUACUUCCAUGCUCCCUGGAAAGGGGUCAGAGAACUUCUUUCCAGCCUCCAGGCUGGGCCUUCAGCUGUUCUUGGUCACAUGCACUGCCUAGGGCCCACCAGCCCCACACUGCUGGCUCCAGUUCUAAGGGCGGCUUCUGAGCCUUGCACUGAGGACCUCAGAGCUGUGAUACCAAGUUAAAAUAGCGGUACAGGGCCAGCACGAACAGAUACUGUUUUGUGCUGAAUUGACUCUGCCUGAAAGCCAUCCCGCCCUUCUGACCUAUAGCAAAAAGCAUCACAUUCUAGUCUGAAGAGCCCGUAGGAUGCCUCGGCCCUGAGCCAGUGUCUGUCUUUAGAGCAGAUACUUAGUUCUGGAAUUCAGUGGUAUUUGUGACAAAAUGGGAGGAAGAGAGAGCAUCCUCAGGCCAUGGUGGUGAACUAGCUAGACCAAGAAAGAGAACUUUUCAGAAUAGAAGGCUGGGGCAUGGUCACAAGCUGGACCAGACCCCACACAGCCAUCCCAUGUGGAGGCCUCUUGCAGUGGAGUUAGCUGGCCCCUCACUUCCAGCCCUGGCAUGUCUGGAGUUCCUAUAAAGCCAUUCUUAACCCAUUCAGUUAUUAACCAAAGCUCCACACAAAUGAAAGGAAAAAGGAGCAGUCUUGUAACAGUGUGACGUCAGGGCUCCCCGGCUGGGUGGUAGCUCUAGUUUUGACAGUUACUGGAGCAGUUGGUCACCUUUCAGAGGACCUGAUGAUCCCACAUCACAAUCAAGGCAAGACAGUUUGGAAGCUGAUUAAAACACUCAUGAACUAAAACUAAAAUGCUUGGGUGAAAGGUGCUAUAGAAUUGUAAAGUAUUAAGCAUGCUAGAUUUUGGUGAUAAGAAUAGAGUGCCUGCACUCCCAGGAAAAUAAAAUUCCCAUGAGAUACAUAAAAAGAGGUGAUGGGCAAAUAGAUAUUUUCUUUAAGCAAAAAAAAAAAAAAAAAAAAAAAAAGUAAAAGCUCCUGUGGUGCCCAGUUUGACGGCUGUCUGCUACCACUGAGGCAUUUCUACAAAGGACUUAGAAGUAGUGUGUUAAUCCUGGUUCAGCAGGCAUUGCUCUGGCCUGGAGCAGCUAUUUUAAGCCAUCUCAGAUUCUGCCUAAAGGGGUUUAAGAGAGAAAAGGAAUUUUCUUUAUUUCCUUGAGAAGAUCUAUCCCAGGGAGAAUCUGAGGUAUCUUGCCUAUUUUCUUUCUCCCAGCUCUCUCCUCAUCCCAUUCCUUAUAUACUUUUCCUUUGGGGGAGUUGCCAUGCCAUGAUUGCUGGUAUUUAUGUAAAAGGACUAUUACUAAGUAUAUUUCUCUGUGUUCAUUCUGUCGAAGGAAAUGUUGAGAGGAGACUAUCAAAUGAUCGAGGUGAGGCAUUGAGAGAUUAGCAAGCAAAAACAUUGGAGCGAUGAACUUUUAAUUAUGAUUGAGUUAUCAUGGGAUUAUAGAAGGCUGUCUUGUGUGCAGAAACAUACUUAAAUAUCAGAUAUAUCCAAAGAGAUACUUGCGAUAUGUUAAGAAAUCAGACUUGACUAGAGUGAACCAUAUAUUUCCUUGUCUUUUACUUUGUUUCUGUGACAUUUAUGUUUCAUGUAAUUUGCAUUACAUUGGUUGGUUGUUCUAGUACUGUAUCUGGCUUCUUUAAUAGACUGAUAUUUCAUAUACUAUAAUUGUAAAUAUUUUGAUACAAAUGUUUAUAACUUUGGGGAAAAUAAAACAGAUUCUGGUUCCCUUCACUGUGUAAAUGUUUCCUU